GAGUUUGCGCUUUGCUAUCGUCUGAACGCCCCCCCGCCACCGCCACAGCAGCAAGUCUACCCAGUUUCUUUUAAUCCAACGUAUGUCCGCUGCUGCAUGCUGACAGAACCGAACAGGCGACAUCUGGACUAAAGCGUGCUUCUUGGACACCCGAUUUCAGUGUGGAAACAGUACAGACAUUAAUGAAGAUGAAGGCGAAUUAGAAUCCAAAUUUUGAAGAAUCUUUUCAGCUCUUAUGAUAAGGUUUUAAAUUUGAAGCUGUUAAAGAAAUUGUGUUUGAUACAUCUCAACAGCAACAAGUACUGUCGGGAGCAAUUUACUCACUUAACAGACGGUUUGACAUUUUGUAGCCUUUUGCAAAUCAAAUGCCCAAAAACAGCAAGGUCGUCAAGAGAGAGCUUGACGAUGAUGUUACUGAAUCUGUUAAAGAUCUUCUUUCCAAUGAGGACUCUGUUGAUGAUUCAUUCAAGAAAAGCUCACUAACUGUAGAUGAUGUCCAAGGGGACAAGGACAGAGAUAUCGAAGAGGGUUCUGACACUGAAGAGGAAAGGCCAGCUUGGAACAGUAAACUACAGUAUAUUUUAGCCCAAGUGGGAUUUUCUGUUGGCCUUGGCAAUGUCUGGAGGUUUCCCUAUCUUUGCCAGAAAAAUGGGGGAGGUGCAUACCUAGUCCCUUAUUUAAUCCUGUUGGUGGUGAUAGGAAUCCCACUUUUUUUCUUGGAGCUUGCAGUAGGUCAGCGGAUCCGCCGUGGCAGCAUUGGAGUGUGGAAUUACAUCAGUCCUCGCCUAGGAGGAAUCGGAUUUGCAAGCUGUGUGGUUUGCUUUUUUGUUGCACUAUAUUAUAAUGUUAUCAUUGGAUGGAGCCUCUUCUACUUUUCUCAGUCUUUUCAGCAACCUUUACCAUGGGAUCAGUGCCCACUUGUUAAAAACAAAACAAGUACAUUUGUGGAGCCAGAAUGUGAAAAAAGCUCUGCCACCACCUACUACUGGUACAGGGUUGCACUGGACAUAUCUAAUUCCAUUUCUGAAAGUGGUGGGCUCAAUUGGAAGAUGACAGUCUGUUUGCUUUCUGCCUGGGCGAUGGUCUGCCUAGCAAUGAUCAAGGGCAUUCAGUCUUCUGGCAAAGUGAUGUACUUCAGUUCUCUGUUUCCAUAUGUGGUGCUACUCUGUUUCCUGGUCAGAGCCCUCCUUCUUCGGGGAUCUGUGGAUGGUAUCCAGCACAUGUUCACACCCAAGAUUGAGAUAAUGUUAGAGCCCAAAGUUUGGAGGGAAGCAGCAACUCAAGUAUUCUUUGCUCUUGGACUUGGAUUUGGAGGUGUUAUUGCGUUCUCUAGCUACAAUAAGCGGGAUAACAACUGUCAUUUUGAUGCUGUACUAGUUUCCUUCAUCAACUUUUUCACGUCAGUCUUAGCAACACUGGUGGUAUUUGCAGUCCUUGGAUUCAAAGCAAACAUCAUGAAUGAAAAAUGUGUAAAUUUAAAUAGUGGAAAAAUUGUUGAAUUCCUGAACACUGGUGUAAUCAGUCAUGAUCUUAUUCCCCACCACAUCAACUUCUCCAGUGUUACUACAACAGACUAUCAGCAGAUGAUUGACAUUAUCAAAGGAGUUAAAGAAACUGAAUUCUCUUCUCUUGGCUUAGAUUUAUGCAACAUUGAAGAUGAAUUAAAUAAGGCAGUCCAAGGCACUGGUUUGGCCUUCAUAGCAUUUACAGAAGCCAUGACUCAUUUUCCUGCAUCUCCCUUUUGGUCUGUAAUGUUCUUCCUCAUGCUGGUGAACCUUGGUCUCGGAAGCAUGUUUGGGACAAUUGAAGGGAUAAUCACACCAAUCGUGGAUACCUUCAAAGUGCGGAAAGAAUUUUUGACUCUUGGGUGCUGUCUGCUGGCUUUCUCACUUGGCCUUAUCUUUGUGCAACGUUCAGGAAAUUAUUUUGUGGCCAUGUUUGACGAUUACUCUGCCACACUACCACUGUUAAUAGUGGUUAUUCUGGAAAACAUUGCAGUUGCUUGGAUAUAUGGAACAGACAAAUUUUUUGAUGAUCUCAAAGACAUGCUUGGGUUUUCACCAUUCAGAUACUACUAUUAUAUGUGGAAGUACAUCUCUCCCCUUGUAUUACUUGCUUUACUUGUGGCAAGUGCAAUACAGAUGUCAUUAAAUCCCCCUAGCUAUAGUGCCUGGAUUGGAGAGUUGGCUACAGAUAAAACUCUAGGUUACCCUGUAUGGGGUCUAGUGGUCUGCGUGUCCUUAGUGGCAGUGGCUAUUUUACCGGUACCUGUUGUCUUCAUUGUACGCUACUUCAAUCUGGUUGAUGAAAGCUCCAGCAGCCUUUCAGCUGUAACCUACAAGAAGGGAAGAAUUAUAAAAGAUAAUUUAAGUCCAGAAGAUGAUGAUACAAGUCUGAUCCAUGGCAAGUCACCAAGUGAAGUACCAUCACCAAUGCCCGGAAAAAGUAUUUACCGAAAGCACAGUGGCUCUCCAACAAUGGAUAUGGUAAAUGCACCCAAUGGUCGAUAUGGAAUUGGAUAUCUCAUGGCAGACAUGCCAGACAUGCCCGAAUCUGACUUAUAAUUAAUUGAACUGUCUAGUAUACUGUCCCUAGUACAUUGUAUGUAUAUAUACGUGCACUUAGUUCAUCUGAAGAAAAUGAAAUCUGUAAACAAUAUUAACUGUAUAUCUUGUAGAUAAAUGUUAGCACUUGACAUGUACUGUACACUGUAUCUUGCUCACAGAGAAAAAGUGAGAGGCAAAAAGCAGCAACCAGUUUGCUAAAGGAUGGCUGUAUAAAAAGUAGCUGUUUUGCCAGCAGUUAAUCUGGAAGCCAGAAAGACAUGAGCCACUUUAGACUGUACGCAGUUUGUUUUUGUUUUUUUGUUUUUUUUUUCUUUCAAAAUUUUCUCUGCUCAUGCUUGAGGGUUGUCUCAAGCUUAGCCAGUUCUUGUGAAUUUGCAAUACAAAUACAUAUGUGAAGGAAGCCGAUUCAUCUUUCAACCCAACAAAUUAUGUGCCUAACAACUUCUGAUGUUUCUUGUGUAUAGAAUGUUAAACGGGAUUUGAUCAUUUAUACUUUGUUCUGUAAAUAUAUAUAAUAUAUACAUAUAUAUUUAUCUGAAUUGUUUAAAUCAAAAAUGACUUUUUUUGCUUAGAUGCUCAGACUUUAAGCUUUUGGGGCUUCAUACUCAAAAGUAUGCUCCAGUGUAUAAAAAUGUGUUUAAAUGUAUGUGACAGAACACAGAAAGUGAUGGUCUGUUAUAUAAGCUAUCUGUUGUCUAAGCUACCCCUGCCUUACAUCUGUUACUACUAAGUAAAGUUAAAGCUGCAUUUUUAUCUGAGAUAAACAGGCUUAGAAAAUAAAUGGUUAUUUUAAUAUGGUGACAUGAUGCUGCAUUGAAGUCUGAAUUUACAUUAAGGCCCAGUCACUGUCUGUAAAUUGGUGACUCUGGAUUAGCCUGGUAUGGAAUCAGUGUGAAUGUUUGUAUGAAAGUGGCCUAUGACGAAGUGGUGCCCUGUUCAGGAGUAGUCCCUGCUUUGCACCAGUACUACUGGCAAAGGCUUUGGUCCUCCAUGACCCUAUACUUUGAGUAAGCAGUUUCAGUAAAUGGGUGUAUAGGUUUAACCACUGCAGACAUGCAAAACAUUACAUGUUAUGUGCAAUCUAAACAAUUUAUAAAAUAGGCAAAGAAUAAUAUUAAAGAAAACAUGAAGCUUGGUGCUGCACAACAGUCAAAAGGUGGAUACAUAAAGGUGGAAACUACAUUGCAAUUACUAAUAAACACCACAGAGUCAACCAUCCAAUGACUAAGCCACUUAUUCAAUAUCACUAAAACGUUGUUUUUUGGAAAACAAUAAAAUCCAUUAGAAAUCAGCUACAGUGAGUUAAUUAAUUUGAGCCCAGUCGCUAAAAAUAUGAAUGUCUGUUGUAAUUUAAGAUAGUGCCUUUCCUAGUGGCUAUCAAAUCCUGCUUAACUAAUUGAAAAGAUUGCUGCAAAAAAAAAUUAAUAAUGUAUUAUACCACAUGAGGGGUAAUCAAAAAGGUUGCAACAUGACCUAUAAAGAGAAUAAAACUGUGAAACUAGACAAGGUUACUUUACACAUAAUCCCCCUUGAAUGCCACACAGAUCAAACGUUUUGUCGCUGUUCUGUAGGUGACUUGACUCUUCAUUGGAAUAGCACAUUUGAUGGAGGUUAUCGCAUGGAGCCAAGUUUAAUAAAUCGAGUGGCUGUGGCAUCUUUUUGAAUCCACAGUUUCUCAGAUCAUUCUUUACAACUCAUACAAUGUGAACAGAGACUUUGUAGCAAAGAAUUAGCUAGAAGGUGGACAGCUCCCGUCAUCAGUUUUCCCUGCUUGAAUGUUGCAAAUAGCUAAGCAAGUCAGCAUAACUUGACAGGUUAUGACAAAGGCUACACCUUAAUGAUCUCACUGGGCCUCUAAUAUCUUAGGUGUUGGAGGAUCACCAUGCUUCCAUCAUUUAGAUUUUUGUUUAGACUCUUGGUUAUAGUGACAUAUCCAGGUUUUAUCUGUGGUCAAGGAAUGCUUCUUAGUUUCUUUUAUUGUAAAUCCACUAAUUAGAGAUUCUGCUCGCAACACUUGAUGCAAGAAAUCGGGAAUGAAUAUUCUGGACAAGCAAUGUGAGCAGCUCUUAUUGUUCCAUAGUCUCUCAUGUACUCUCACUCUCUGAUUCUCCAUCAUGAUUUGCUCAACCAUAGCAACAAUUUGUUACUGUUCUCUAUGUAGAUUCUCCGCCGGACUUUGGGUUACUUCAAAAUACAUCCUUCCAUGACAUAAUUCUACAGCAGCCCAUUUCUUGAUUAUGGCAAAUGAAAAGGACUAGUCUUGGUACACAUUGUCUAAGUGAGAAUAAAACUCUAAAGUCCUAAUGUUAUCUAGAGUUAGAAAAUCAAUGGGAGCAUUCCUGAUUUUUUGCAUUUUUCAGCAUCGAAAGUGAUUUGGUUUUUAUACAAGAAACACACAUUUAAAGGCACAAAGCUAGAAACUUGUAAUUCACAUGUUUUAGUACACUGGUGCUAAUCUUUGGCCAAAGACAAAAUCAUCGAUGUAGAAUACACCACCACAUUCGGUAUCAAAAUAUUUUUGGUUGUCGCUCAUAUAUGCUGCAGACAUAAAUCAGGUGAAGAAAAGCUUGAUCCAGAAAAUUAAAUAUCAAAGAUUAAAAAGUAAAAAAAAACAGAUAUUUCUGAAUAUUAUAGGGGAAUCUGAUUUUCAGUAUAGAAUUAAAUGUUGACCCUGAAGACAUGUUCUGUUGAGACCAUUGAGUGAUGAAAUAAUGUCUUUGUGGAAUAAAGAAAAACAAAGGCAAUCUGCAGUAUUCCAUUUUAGAGUUUUGCAGCCUAGGAGUUCUAUUACAGACAAGAAUCCUAUUUAUCAGAUUGGCGUGUGUUGGAUAUUUUAUCAUAACUUUCACGUCAUCACUGUUGUCAACUGGAACCACUAAAAUCGUACUUUCAAACGCAGGAGGAUACUUGGCCAGGGUGUACUUCAUAAGUCCAGUCAGAGUUAUAAAACCACGAUUAUUAUUGUUAUGUAAUGUGAUCUAUGACAUAUAAUGUUCAUAUUACACACUGUUACUUUUAUUACUUUGUAUUUAUAAUGCAGUUACACUCUGUUAAGUGUUAAGAAGUGUAUUCAAGACGGUAUUGCACAUAUAGAAAGUACUACAUAAGCAAAAAAAGAAAAAAACUGCACGAUAUAAAGUCUGUAUAUUCAAAGCUGCUGUUUGGAUAUGUACUGCUGUAUCAACUAAUACUUUUAUCAUUUAUUCAAUUUUUAUGUGUAUGACAGAGUAAGACAAAAUGUGCGUGCAUUGCACGUUGGUCUUCACAGAAGCUCAGACGCUAUUACACAUUCUGAAAGCUUCAUUUGGCUUAUUAGGCUAUUCAAACCGUAUCCUCAGCUUGCCUGUGUUCGUACCUUCUUCUCCCUUGUAUUUUAGCAAUACCUUCAAUAAAAUAAAAAAAAACUGAAAGCUAAGCCAGUUAUUGUUCUAAUAAAGGAACGAAAGGCAAGAAAAUGCAUAGCUUGUUAUGCUGUAUGGCAAAAAAACUCAUGAAAAAAAAUUCAUUCUUUGAGAAAGCCAUCUCACAAUUUAAUCGCAGCAACUCUUACACAAACUCUCUUCUGUCAGGUGCUAUUAAAAUGAAGUAAGCCAUCAAAACAUAAUACAAAUCCUCAUAUUGUGCUGAAUGUAUCAAAUCUGUUACUGUUAUGGCUGUUAGUUGAUAAAUGAGUGUAUAAACUUUUUGACACCUGUUACUUUGAUAGUAAUAGUAAUGAUAUAAAUGAUUGUAAAAAUAUAUAACAAUAAAUAACACCAGUUUAAACUUUUUAUAAACAUCAUGCGUCAGUACUUUAUGUGCACAACUUGUUUAAUCCCAAACUAAACUGUAAAAUAUUUACUAAUUCCAUAGAUACUAACAAUGCAACAAUUACAAAAUUCUAUAAAUCUCUUGCUGUAGAACUGUAUGUAUAUAAUAUGUACAGUAAGUGCAUAUAUCAUUUAAUUUUGACAGUUAACACUAUAUGUGUAACUUUACAAAACUGUUACUAAUUUAAUGUACUGGAUAAUGUAGUUAUCCUUUUUUUCUACACUGGUGCAUAUUGUUUUGAUAUAGGUCCCUUUGUCUUUUUAAUAUUAACUGAUGUGGUGUCAAUGUAAAAUUGUUAAGAGGCUCAGAAUUCUUGUACACUUUUAUUUUUCUUUUGGUUGCUUUAAGGGGCUGUUUCUUUUACCAAAUGUACAUAAAAAGAAUUAAAAUAAAGCUGUUUCUACAUCUGUA